AUGGAGGCGGAACUCCAGGCACAAAUUCCUGGCUUGGAUCGUGUGAUCUCGGAGUAUUCUGUGGGUUAUCUGACUCACGCCUCAAAUGCUUAUGUCGAGGAUGCAAAUGCUCCGUCACCAUUAUCGGAAGCCGCCGACAUGGUGACAGAGCUUCUUGUUUCCGCUUCUGGAGACUUCUCCGAACACAAUGAAAAGGCCAUUCGGAACCUAGUCGAAAAAUUCAUUUCCUCCCUGAGUUCGUCUGAUGGCGUCGAUGCAGAGCGCAGGCAGAUGCCGUUCACCGCAAAGAAGCUGGACCAGGCCAUCCAUGUCGGCUCCCAGAGGAACAUGUCCUCCACGCUCGGCCUUGCUGGGGGUAAUGUCGAUCUCGAGUCCGCCAACUCCAGAAAGGUAGAGUCCCGAGUGGACCGCAAGAAGCUCGAAAAAGCAGAACGAAAGAUUCGUGCCAAGCAGGAAAAGAAGCAGAUGAAAACAGUGCAAUACGAAGCAUCCCGUCUCCUCAACCAGCCAGAGAGUACUCUGUCCUAUGAAGAGUUCUUCAUGGCUGUCAACCCACUUCAGCUGGGAUCGGAUUCGCAAUCUAAGAGCAAAGAUAUCAAGGUCGACAGCAUUGACAUUUCUAUCGGCGGUCACCGCAUCUUAACCGACGCCUCCCUUACCCUAGCUUACGGACGCCGCUAUGGUCUUGUGGGUCAGAACGGUAUCGGAAAGUCUACUCUCUUGCGUGCCCUGAGUCGCCGAGAGGUAGCCAUUCCCAGCCACAUCUCAAUUCUACACGUCGAGCAAGAGAUUACGGGCGAUGAUACCCCGGCAAUUCAGGCUGUUCUCGACGCAGACGUUUGGCGGAAACGUCUUCUUGCAGAGCAAGAGAAAAUCAGUAAACAACUUGCAGCAAUUGAAGCGGAAAGGUCGUCUAUGGCAGACACAUCGAAAGAUGCUGCCAGGCUUGACCAUGAGAGAGAGGGUCUUGAUAUAACUCUGAAUGAUAUUCAUUCCAAGCUGGCCGAGAUGGAAUCCGACAAGGCAGAAUCUCGCGCUGCCAGUAUCCUAGCCGGUCUCGGCUUCUCACCGGAGAGACAGCAAUAUCCUACGAAGACGUUCUCUGGUGGUUGGCGAAUGAGACUGGCCCUCGCACGGGCUUUGUUCUGCGAGCCGGACUUACUUCUGCUUGACGAACCUUCAAACAUGUUGGACGUGCCAUCCAUUACCUUCCUAUCCAACUACCUCCAGUCAUAUCCCAGCACUAUCCUUGUAGUGUCUCACGAUCGAGCGUUCCUCAACGAGGUGGCCACAGAUAUUGUGCACCAGCAUUCUGAAAGACUAGACUACUACAAGGGAGCCAACUUUGAUUCAUUCUAUGCCACCAAGGAGGAGCGGAAGAAGAUAGCCAAGCGCGAAUAUGAAAAGCAAAUGGCGGAACGCGCCCAUCUGCAAGCCUUCAUUGACAAAUUCCGCUAUAAUGCCGCCAAGUCAUCCGAAGCGCAGUCGAGAAUCAAGAAACUGGAGAGAAUGCCAGUCCUGGAACCUCCAGAGAGUGACUAUGUUGUCCAUUUUAAGUUUCCAGAUGUUGAGAAGCUUUCCCCUCCGAUUGUACAGAUGUCGGAUGUCUCUUUCGGCUAUAGUAAAGACAAACUGCUCCUCAGAAAUGUGGAACUCGAUGUCCAGCUCGAUUCCCGUAUUGGUAUUGUUGGGCCAAACGGCGCUGGUAAGACUACGGUGCUGAAGCUGUUGACUGGUCAACUCCAGCCAACAUCCGGCUUAAUCUCGACCCAUGCAAGGUUGCGGAUCGGCUACUUCGCGCAACACCAUGUUGACGCGCUGGAUCUUACUACCAGUGCGGUGAGCUUCAUGGCCAAAACCUAUCCCGGAAAGACAGAUGAAGAGUAUAGACGGCAUCUGGGAGCCUUCGGUAUCACCGGAACUACCGGUCUUCAGCGCAUGGAGUUAUUGUCUGGAGGUCAAAAGUCCCGUGUCGCAUUCGCCUGUCUCUCCCUGACUAACCCCCACAUCCUUGUGCUUGACGAACCUUCUAAUCACUUGGAUAUUGAGGGUAUGGAUGCGCUUUCUGAAGCGCUGCAGAGGUUUGAAGGAGGUGUGGUGAUGGUGUCACACGAUGUGACGAUGCUGCGGAAUGUCUGUACCAGCCUUUGGGUCUGUGACAAGGGUACGGUACACAAGUUUGAUGGCACUGUCGAUGCCUACAAGAAGAUGAUCAGCUCUCAGGCCAAUGAGGCUGGUGUGGUGGCGCAACAUUAG